GUGAUUCAGCAGCACCGCGGACAGGAGAUAGACGGAAAAAAGUAAGACAGAAAGAAAGGAGAGAAGAGAAGGAAGGGGAGAGAGGAGAGCGUGACUUGCGCGCAGGACUGAAGCCGUUGUUUCAUUGCUGAACAACAAAAACAUGCGAUGGAUGAUAUUUUUGACCGAUGAAAACUUCUCUUCCCUCAGCUAAGACCUUCUACUUUUACUCAAAAUUCACCUAAACUCCAGUAAAUUCGGAUUUCACCGGAUGCGUCGGACAUAUCCAGGGGUGUAGCCGCGGUGCUUCUGGUGCGUCUUUGCGCUCGUAGAGGCUGUGAGCGAGCGUGUGUGCGUGUGUGAGAGAGAGGUGGUGGUGGUGGAGGAUCAGCCGGAGUGGCCGACCAGUCAGGAGGAUGCUGGAGGGCAAUGCCUGCAGAAAGAGAGGAUGAGAUUUGUCGAAAGGCGCUGGAACUGCUCUCCGACUUGUGCUCCAAGGGAGAGGUGCAGGACGACCACUGCCUGGAUUUCAUUUACUACUUCAGGGACCUGGCCAGACCACGUUACACGGACUCAGAUGUAUCGGUGAGCCUGUUGUCCCUGCUGGUGACCACCUGUGGUUUGGCUCUCUUCAGUGUCUCCCUCUUUGUUUCAUGGAAGUUAUGCUGGGUGCCACUGAGUGGUCGCUUCCUCCCAGAUGUUCUCAAGGGGGCGCACUUCCUGGGAGGAGACCAACAGCCCGUCCUCACAGAGGUGGACGGGGAGGAAAGGGAGUACAGCGAGGAUGGCUGUGUGAAGGAGCCUUCAGGACCCCUCUCGGCUGUGAUUGUCCCAGAGUCAGGCCUAAAGAUAAGCCACACGUCACCCGACAUCCCACUGGAGGCCCAGACCAAGGUGGAGAAAAACCAGGUCCACACUCUGGCAAGGGACAGGGUCCAGAGACAGAUUACUGAGCCUACCUCAUCUGUACGGCACAACUCCAUCCGUCGUCAGAUGAACUUGUCCAAUCCAGAUUUCAACCCUGCUCAGUUCCAGCGCCAAGAGUCACUGUCUGGUUUGGGCCGAAUCAAACCAGAACUCUACAAGCAGCGAUCGCUGGACGCUGAAGAUGGUCGUCGCACCGACAGCUGUGGGCGUCUCCUGUUCGUCCUGAAGUUUGACUUUGACCUGGAGCAGCUGAUCGUGAAGAUCCACAAGGCCCAGGACCUUCCCGCCAAGGACUUCUCAGGGACCUCUGAUCCUUACGUCAAGAUCUACCUGCUGCCUGACCGCAAAACCAAGCACCAGACCAAGGUGCAUCGCAAGACACUCAAACCAGUGUUUGAUGAGGUGUUUCUGUUUCCUGUGGCGUACACCGAGCUGACGAGCCGUAAACUGCACUUCAGCGUCUACGACUUUGACAGGUUCUCUCGCCAUGACUUGAUUGGUCAAGUGGUGGUGGACAACUUCCUGGAUCUUGCCGACUUUCCCCGGGAGACAAAACUGUGCCGGGAAAUACAAUAUGUAACCUCGGACAAUGUGGACCUAGGAGAGCUGAUGUUCUCAUUGUGCUAUCUCCCCACGGCUGGCAGGCUCACCAUCACCAUGAUCAAAGCCAGAAAUCUCAAAGCCAUGGACAUCACUGGAGCAUCAGAUCCAUAUGUGAAAGUGUCCCUGAUGUGUGAAGGCCGGAGGCUAAAGAAGAGGAAGACAUCGACCAAGCGGAACACUCUGAACCCGGUGUACAAUGAAGCCAUUGUGUUUGAUGUUCCUCCUGAGAACAUCGACCAGAUCAGCCUUCUCAUAGCUGUCAUGGACUAUGAUCGGGUCGGACAUAAUGAAGUGAUCGGGGUAUGCAGGGUGGGCAAUGAGGCAGAGACCUUGGGGCGAGACCACUGGAGUGAGAUGCUGACAUACCCACGGAAACCCAUUGCACACUGGCACCCACUCAUAGAGUGGGUCGGACAGGGAGCGACGGUGAGUGGAAGCCAAGGAGGAUCCACCAAUUCCCUGAAGACACCACCAUCGCCAUGACAACAUACAUACACACACACAAACACACACACACACACACACACACACUAAAAACACCCAUACACUUUCCCAAACACAGACACACACAGAGCCUCAAGGUGGUAGAAGGAUAGAAGACAGACCUGCAGAUUGUCCUACUGAAAUGUUGAAGCAUACAGUACGAGGUGUGACUAACAAGCAAGUAGAAUAGUAGCGUCAGCUAAAAGCCGUGACUCAAAGUGCUGUGUCAUUAGAUUGCACGAGGCUUUAGUGUGCUAAGACUGCUGCAAAAGCUAAACCCCACUUCUUACUUCCUCUUGUGUCUUCACAACCAAAAAUCACUUAACUACAUUCCAACUGAACUUUGUCAUUUUUAGUUGUUACUGACAGUAUAAACAGGUUGAGAUUAUCUAGCAGGUUGAGCUUUUUUUCUUUCUUUUUAUUUUUUUUUAACAAAUAUCAGUUUGUGGACCAAACUCAUUAAUUUUUAUGCCGAUGUGUGAAGCUGUAACUUGUGAUUUGUGUGAGUGAUCAGCUAUCUUAGAUGCAGUAAGAGUUAAACAACUAAAGUUACAGAAUUAUUAGCGACAGAAAGGGCAUUACUUUUCAGAUCAGUGACGUUUCAGCUCUUUUAAACUGUUUAGCUGUUGUGUUGGACAUUCAAACUUGUCAUACAUUGCUAAAGUGCUGCCUGAACUCUGUGGCAGCCAGAACAGACGCAAACAAAAGGACAGUUUCUUAGUGUAAGCCUUAGUUUUACCUCUAUGGGGAACUUUCUCACAGAACACUUCCUGCAAAGAUGUGGAGAGGAUUUGCUCCCAAGAAUGUGUAAAGCAGCCGAGAGUGGACACAAAGUGUUUUAUUACUGCAUGUUAAAUUGUCUUUGUUACAGGGUGUAGUCAAAAUAAAGGAAACACAGAUGGCAGUGGUGGCAGUGAACGUGGGACGUUUUCUACCAAUCAAAGUAGGACUGCUAAUGAUUCUUAGUGAUAGUCUUGGCUUGGAGUUAAAGGAUAAAUCUGCUUUAUUGAAUACAAUGUUUAAUGAUGACAAUAAUAAUGUCAAUAUGACAUAACUGUUAAAUUUAGUGUCCAACCAACCAGUGAUCAACCUUUUCUAUAUUAUUGAUUUUAAAGUCGAUAUAGAGGCUAAUUAGUCAUUGGGCAACUUAGCAUUUCCUAAAAAGCCUUCUUCCUUCAUAAUCUUUUAAAAGAAAGCCACCAAAUAGGGUAGAGAUAAUAUUUUUAAUCAAACAUGCAGUUUUGGAACAUUUAAAUAGGGUAAAUAAAAACACAUAAAUAUUGACUUUGACUCAAAACUGUAAGUGUUUUAUACAAGUUGAAAAAGUGGUAUAGCUAUUAAAACCUUGAGUGUUGCACUCGAUAAGGAAAGGUUGUAUAUAACUGUCACAAUGUAUAGAAGUUCCGGGGGUAUCUAUGAGGGGCCGUAUAGGCCAUAGUCGUUCUUCCCUCUCACAUACACAAUUAUACCUCUCACAUUUACAAAAAAUAACUUUGAGACAUUUUAUUGUGCAUGUGAGAGGUAAAAUUGUGUAUGUGAGACAUAUUUCUUGUGUACGUGAAAGGUAAAAUUAUGUUUGUGAGAGGUAAAACUGUGAAUGUGAGAGGUGGAAUUGUGAAUGUGAGAGGUUUUUUUUUGUGUAUGCGAGAGGUGAAAUUGUGAAUGUCAGAGUUAUUUUUUGUGUAUGUGAGAGAUAAGAUUGUGAAUGUGAGAGAAAUGAUGUAUGUUAGAGGUUAAAAUUGUGAAUGUGAGAGGGAUUUUUUGUGUAGAAGAAUGAAUUAUGGCCUUUAUGGCUCCUCAUAGAUAUCAUUGAAUGGUUACUCUAGAGAUUUAUUGGAACAAUUAAUAUGCAAGAAGUUCCAUCUACAAUAUCAAGGUGGAAAAAAAUCACCUUCCUACUUGGGCUUCUAACAGCUCCUGCACCCGGGUGAUCAAUAUUUCCGGCAUUGGCCAACACUUCCUGCCAACAACUUUUUAACAUUAACAAAGGUAAAUGUAAUUUGUUACCACAAACAUCUUGUUUUACACAUUAUUAUGAUAAUUUUAAGAUUUUAUUCACCAACUUAAGAGACCCAGAAGCUGGUCCACUCCUUUGAGCUCUGCUUUUGGUCUCCACCUUACCUAAAAUCUGUUGACCGACUCUAGCAUGUCAGGUUAAUGAGCAGUGGAUCCAAUGAGCACCACCAUGGGACCAGCAUUGUUUGUUCUUACUUCACUCCACUCCACUGAAAUGCCAGCAAAUUGGCAGAGCUACACAUCAGUGUUGGGAAAAAGUGAAUCACCCUCACCCGGAAAUUGUCUAGUGUGGAGGCAAUGUCAGACUGAACAUGGAAAGGGAGUGUUACAAAUUUACAGUUCUGUCUGACAUCAGGCAAGAAUGGAUAGAUGCUAGAUUUUUCUGACGUUUGCUGCUGGGCAGGUAUCGUAGAGCGGCUUUAUCAGAGCUUUUUUUUACUGAAAAGAGCUGGCUGCUGCUGAACAUGACUUUGUCAUUAGGAGGAGCUUUUAGGGCCCCUGAGGACCUCAAGAGAAAAGGUCAAAAACUGUCUAAUCUGUUGUCUUGUAAACAGUUUAUAGACCAGCUUCUUGGUUUAACUUUGACCUACAGUACUUGCCCCCAUACAGUUUCCCUGCAGAAGGCAUUAUCACAAACGUUAACUCCAAAUAAAGUGGUUUAGAUAUUCUGGAUAAAUAGUUGGCUUAUUUACAAAUACUUGUCUGUUAUUUUCUGCCCCAUCUGACUUCUUAGCAAUUGUUGACAUGUUUCUAGAUCUUGGCAAGUACUCUGGUUGUCAUAGCUGAAAGAACUGAUGGACAAAUCCAAGAAAUUAAAACCAAAUUUGAACAGAAUGAUGAUUGCAGAUGCACUCUUUGGAAAGCCUUGUUUCAUGGCUAACAUUACCAAACCAGUGGGUAAAGAUUUGGUGGGGGUUUUGUCAUCAAAAAACCAAGACCAUCACUUAGAAUGAUUUUGUCAAUACUUUCCUUUGCCAUUAAAUAGAUGACUGGAUUGUCUCAACUGCAAUGGGACUUAAUGUUAUUCAUUUAGACCACACCCUGCUGUUGUUUUAAUAAUCCAGUGUUCAGAUUAAUGCCAGUAUUGUUUAUGUCUUUGUGUUGGACACUGUCACAGAUAACAAUGAUGUUUUCUUCUGUGUUUGUAGGUACAGUGCA